AUGGAAGAAAUAGAUCAUCUAGAUGAAGCCUUGGACCGUUGCGCCGAGCUGGAGGAACACCUUCAGUUCACUUUGAACUACGUGACCCGCCUGCGUAAAAAGCAUUACGGGAACGUCGAGCCUGCUCUGAAUCGUUCCAGUACGGAAUCACUUCUGGAUGUUUUGAUCUGCUCCUCCUAUGCUGACAAAGGAUUCAACGUAAGCGAUGAAGAUUUGGCCACGCAGCAACAGCAGCAGCAACAAGAAGAAGAACAACCGAUUUCGUAUCUUUGCCGAACACCCGCGGAUAUCCGGAAGAGCUUCAACUUUAUGAAGACCACCACCAUAAAGAUCCAACGGGACCUGGAGCUGUGCUUGACACGGUUGGGACUGAAGGGCGAUAAGUAUCCCAUGAUCUGCAAAUUGGACAGGGAAACAUGCGACAAGAAUAGGUGCGCAAUAGCGAACCAGAUCCAAAACCACCUCCAUGCGGAAAGGAGAGGCAAGAACGACGCGAGCAACAAUUUCUUUCGUUCGGCAACAGCAUCCACCAAGAAAUUCCUCUCCGAACAUCCUGACAUCGUGGUCAUCGAGGCGGACAAGGGCAACAAAACGGUGGUGAUGAAGAGAUACGAGUAUGACCGGAAAUUACAAGCUAUGAUCGAUGAUGACGUCACAUACAUUAAGCUAAACAGUGACCCCACAGCCAGCUACCAACGCAAAAACAACCAGUUCGCGAAACGUCUUGCGGAUUUGAAGCUGAUUGAUCGCAAGACAGAGAUGAGGUUAAAUACCUACACAGCUACGGCACCCCGCAUAUACGGUGCACCGAAGGCUCACAAGGAAGGUCUACCAUUGAGACCAGUCGUAGCUUGCAUGACGUCACCAACGUACGAACUAUCGAAAUAUGUGGGCUCGAUCAUCCAAAGUUCGAUAAAAAGCAAUUACAACGUUCUGGACUCGUUCUCUUUCUGUGAGUACAUCAACAAUGUACAACUCCCACCGGAUUAUGUUCUGGUAUCCCUGGAUGUGGUUUCGUUGUUCACGUGCAUUCCGAGGGAGCUGGUGGUACAAAACGUCAUUAUGCGCUGGGACGAAAUAAAGGAAAACACGAACAUCAACCUGGAUUUGUUCCUAGAGAUGACGGAGUUCUGCAUAAAUUGCAGUUACUUUCAAUUCAAAGGACAAUCCUAUCAGCAGGUGUUUGGAACAGCGAUGGGAAACCCACUGUCGCCCAUAAUAGCGGAUCUAGUGAUGGAAACCUUGCUAGAUUCGGUCACCAAGAAGAUCAAGUUUCCGAUCCCGGUGAUCAAGAAGUAUGUGGACGAUCUGAUGCUGGCGAUACCGAAAGGCGAAAUCGAAACCGUGAGAAAUGAAUUCAACCAAUAUCACGAGAAAAUACAGUUCACCGUGGAGGUGGAACAGGAUGGCAAACUACCAUAUCUGGACUUGUUGUUGGUCAGAAAACCAGACCAAUCAAUAAAAACAGAAUGGUACGCCAAACCUAUCGCGUCAGGUAGAUUCUUGAACUACCUGUCGGCCCACAGCAUGACACUCAAGAUGAACGUCGCCAAAAACCUCAUAAAACGAGUAACCACCUUCUCCACCAACGUCGAUGAAGCCACAGCAAAGAAGAUUGUCCACAAACAACUGCGACAGAACGACUACCCGAAACCACUGAUCAAUCGCCUCAUCAACCGACAUCGAGAAAAUCCGCCCACUACAGCGCCGCCCACGGAUGCUGAAAACUCGAAGCAAUUCCGGUCGAUCGUCAACAUUGGCACUCUCACCCGCAAGAUUCAACGGACCCUCCGUGAGGAUUAUCCGGAAGUGGUGAUUUGUCCACAACAACGCAAGACUGUAAAAUCGAUAAUACCAGGAGUGAAGGACAAGUUAGAGGCAAACCAACGAUCCAACGUGAUAUACAAAAUCCCGUGUGCAGACUGUAGAGCAAGCUAUGUAGGUAUGACAUCGUGCCGACUGAAAGAUCGUGUGUCUGGUCACCGAUCGACGAUCAACAAACUGGAGGAACUACGAGCAGCGGGGAAAGACGAGACGGAUCAUGAGAUGGCAAGACUGAGAGAGAAAACAGCGCUACUAGAUCACUGUAUCACCAACAACCACAAUUUUCUAUUAGAUAAGGUAGAAGUAUUGGACUCAAGCAACAAAAAACAGAAUUUAGCCAUAUUAGAGUCAUGCCACAUCUUGAACACACCAAACACUGUUAACAAACGAACUGACACCGAAAACCUGAGCGGCACGUACGCAGGGGUAUUACACACAGUCAAAACAACACAGCACACAACACAUAGAAGAACAGAGGAAUAGGCGCACAAUAGCGAUCAUCACUAUAACGAGAAACAGACAGAAUCGAAAUCUGGCGCGAAAGUGACGCCGCCGGCAAGAGGUAGAUCGUAGGAGGUAAAACAGAUCGAUACUGAUCGAUUUGAAAAAGUGCGCCAACCAACGAACUCAACCACUGAAGUGAAGACGUGCGACUAUGUUUAAAACAUACAUAACCUCACGAGUAAACGGAGGGAUUGUAUCUGUAAGAUUAUGUAGAAUUAUGCUUAAAACCUAUGUUAAAACCUGUCCAAUUUGCAGAUCCUUUGAAAAAGGCACAAUAUAUGUGACCGAAACGUCAGGUGUUGAACCAAUAUCCGUUUAUGAUUACAUAGAGACUGGAAGCCGAAAAUCCCC